AUGAAGACCUUGGAGGAUCAAGCCGAGGCUGCUAUCAAGGCCCAAAAUGUCGCCGAAGAAAAAGCAGAAUCCGCCGAGGCCAUUAAGAAGGUUCUUGAGGCCGAAAAAAGAGAGGCCGAAGAAAAGAUGACCCAGGCCCAGAAGGAACUACAAGAAGCCCUGGCCAUGAAAGAGGCCGAAGUCAAGGCCGCCGAUGAGAAGGGCUAUAACGAGGGGGUGGUCGAUGUCACGGCAGACUAUGAAAAGCAAGUGAAGCAGCUUGAAGUACCCGAGGACUCGCCCUUCAAGAAUGCCGACGUCAUUCCUCUUCCAUUCCCUCCAACUCCAAGUCAAUCCGACGACGAAUCUAAGUCUGAGGAGGAGACCUAUCCCAACCUUGCGGUUUUGCGAGCCGCACUACGGAUUAAAGAACGAGGUUGGGCCAAGCUUCUAAAUUUUGAACCGACCUACCGAUAUAGUGGUCGCCGAAAAGCAAGAGUGACCGAUUUCCUACUUGAGGAAGAACCAGAACCGGACCCAACUUUGCCCGAAAUAAGACUUGUUUCAUUAACUGCUGAGGAAGAAAUGGCAAAGAAGAGCAGAGUCAGGGCCCUUCUAACUUCAACAACUAGAGCCGAAGUACAGCCAUCCGUCGAGGCGCAGCCUGCCGUUGUGGCCCUCCCUUCUCAGCAGCUUUCUUCAUCUCGCCCUUCCAAACGCGCCCGACCUACAUCGAUCGAACAGCAACUUGUCGAUGAGGUUGAAUCCAUCCCCCAGAGUCCUCAACCUUCCCCUCAACCGGAGCAAACAGACCGAGCUGAAUCUCCAAAGUGGGCUCCGCCGCUGACCUUCAACGACCGAGACAUCAAAGCUACUGACUCGAUCGUGGCUGAAAAAGACCACCAAUUGGCCUUUAACCUGGCCAAAAGUGUGUGCCUCCCCAAGGACAUGGAGCACCACUUGAAGCAACUGAACACCGAAAUGAAGUCAAUUCGGUCUGCUUCCAAGUCCAUGAUCUUGGCCUUGCAGAAGAACAACAUCACUUAUAAGAAAGUCCAAGAACUCCGCAAAAACACAAGGCAGGCGAUGGCGGAAGCCGAAGCAAAGGCGGCCGAACUAGUGGAGGUCGAAAGGAAAAUGACCGAGCUUCAAGCAGAGAACGGUCGGCUUGCCGAUCUUGUUAGCUCGGCUGAAGCGGAGAAGCAGAAGGCAACCAUCGUUAUGAAGGACAAGUAUCUGCGGGAGUUGUUGAAGCUUGAGAAGAGAAAAGACGCCGAAAUAAGCAAACUAAAAGAGAGCGUGGGGGCGGCCGAAAAGGAGGGGUACAAGCGAGGUUACAAGGAGGCAGAAGAUGCCUAUACCGAGGUCUUCGACCCUCCAGCAUACUUUAUACCGAAAUCCCUUGCGGCGUAUGCAGACGCCUUGCAACAAGAGUUUCUGGAGGACUCAGACACUGAUGACUCCUCUGCUCCUGAAGACAUUCCGGUUGUUGGUGCAAGCCCGUCACUUCGGUUGGAGCCCAUGGUAGAGGACCCUCCUAUUGAACAACCAAGUGACACCGUGGUUCCAACCGAAACUAACCCGGCGACCGAGCAUGAUCUUCCCCUUGAAACCGGUUUUCAAGUUGAUGGUGAUGCGGCCUUUGACGCUGAAAUACAAGAACUCUUUUCUUGA